AAAAACUGGUGGACACGUGUCUCGUCGAAGUUUAAACGUUGUGUGCUGUGAUUUGACCGGAUUUAGUUUUCUUUUCGACAACGAAGGUGAGGAUCAGGCAGAGGUAGAAGAAGCAGUGACGAAAAUCCAGGCAGUGUUCCGAGGUCACAGGGUCCGCAAGCAAAUGGCAUCAGGAGAACCAACUAAGCAACAGCUAGAGGCUGAAUUCAGUGCCGACGAUAAAGAGAUGGUGCAUGCUGCCACUAAAAUCCAAGCGACUUUCAGAGGACAUAUGUCUAGGAAGAAGGACGACGAAGUGCCCAAGCCGGAGGAUGGGGAGGAAGAGUUGGACAUAGACUUGUCCGACCCGGACCUGAACAAAGCUGCAACCAAGAUCCAGGCAUCCUUCAGAGGCCAUAGGGUCCGCAAGGAUGAACCCAAGCCCCAGUGAACUAGCGCUUUCCUGCUUAUGUAGUUACGUCGACUUUACAUAUCCUCUAUUUCGCAUAUACAUAGGUUCCACUAUCUAAAUGUAAAUAAUAUCCUACUGCCUACGUCAACAACACUUUUCUCAUCACCUUAAUUAUUUAGGCUGUUUACUCAAUAUUUUUGAGUCCAUUGUAUAUCCGAGAGCCUCAUAAUAUAUGUCAUGCUCACACUUGCUUUAUAAAUCUAUUUAAAUUUGUAAAAUUAAAUAAAACUAACUAAG